AUGAAGCAUUCUGGCUGCCACCCAACUACAAGCACCUUCAACACACUGAUAAAAGGAUAUGGCAUUGUAGGCAAACCCGAAGAAUCACAGCGCGUCUUCGACAUGAUGGGCAUUGAAGGAUCAGUUAGGCCUAACCUCACAACAUACAACAUUCUUGUGAAGGCAUGGUGUGAUCAGAGAAAUCUUGAGGAGGCCUGGGGCGUUGUGGGCAAGAUGCGAGCAGGUGGUGUUGAGCCUGAUAUCGUCACUUACAAUACCAUAGCCAGUGCAUAUGCCAAUAAUGAAGAGACAUGGAGAGCAGAAGAGCUCAUUGUGGAGAUUCAGACUAGAGUACGCACCAGCGAGCGAACAUGGGGCAUAAUUAUUGGUGGUUAUUGCCGGGAGGGCAGGUUGGAGGAAGCAUUGCGAUGCGUCCAGCAAAUGAAGGAUGCAGGAAUUGUUCCCAACGUCGUCAUCUUCAACACACUGCUGAAGGGCUUCCUUGAUGCAAAUGACAUGGCUGCAGUCAUUAAUAUCCUGGGUCUGAUGGAGCAGUUUGGCAUCAAGCCUGACAUUGUCACCUACAGUCACCAGUUGAACACAUUCAGCUCGUUAGGCCACAUGGCUAAAUGCAUGAAGGUGUUUGACAAAAUGAUCGAGGCAGGAAUCGAGCCAGAUCCUCAGGUAUACAACAUUCUUGCCAAAGGAUUUGUCCGUGCUAAGCAGCCUAAGAAAGCAGAAGAUCAUUUGUUGCAAUGA